AUGUCGUUCAGUGUGGGAAUUGUCAGCUGGCCCAAGCUUCGCUCUCACACCCAGCAAAAGCCUGCCAUUGCUCCGCCUGUCUUUGUGUUUCAGAAGGAUAAAGGACAGAAGAGGUCAGCUGGUGGCUCCAGUCCAGAAGGGGGAGAAGAUUCUGACCGAGAAGAUGGCAAUUACUGUCCUCCUGUCAAGCGAGAAAGAACUUCCUCUUUAACCCAGUUCCCACCUUCACAGUCAGAGGAGAAGAGCAGUGGCUUCCGUUUGAAACCACCGACGCUCAUCCACGGCCAGGCACCCAGCGCAGGUCUGCCGAGCCAGAAGCCCAAGGAGCAGCAGCGGAGUGUGCUCCGUCCAGCAGUGCUGCAGGCCCCGCAGCCCAAAGCGCCGUCCCAGACCGUCCCAAACAGUGGCACCAACGGGGUCAGCAUCCCGGCAGACUGCACAGGUCCCGUGACGUCUACAUCUCCCGACAACCCUGUAAGGAGGACUCCGUCGGAACCCGCCGACGAAGAAAAAGAGUCCCAGAAAAAUGAGUCUAGCAGUCCUUUGGAAGAGGAGAACUGUGGGGGAAAAGACGCUGCCCAGCAGGCCUUUGUGUUUGGGCAGAACCUGAGGGACAGAGUCAAGUUAAUAAACGAGAACACAGACGUGACUGACGUGGAGAAUGCCGGGCAGCCCAGCUCAGAAACGCCCACUGCGACCAACUACUUUCUCCAGUAUAUCAGCUCCAGUUUAGAGAACCCGACCAGCAAUGCCGACGCUGCCAGCAGCAAGUUUGUGUUUGGUCAGAACAUGAGCGCGCGCGUUCUGAGUCCGCCAAAGUUAAAUGAGGUCAGCGCAGAUGCCAACAGGGAAAACACAGCCACUGAGUCCGGGUCCGAGUCCUCGUCCCAGGAGGCCACCCCGGAGAAAGAGUCCCUGGCCGAGUCGGCGGCCGCCUACACCAAGGCCACGGCCCGAAAGUGUCUGCUGGAAAAAGUGGAGGUCAUCACUGGGGAGGAGGCAGAGAGCAACGUUUUACAGAUCCAGUGUAAGCUGUUUGUCUUCGACAAAGCCUCACAGUCAUGGGUGGAGAGAGGCCGGGGGCUUCUCAGGCUCAACGACAUGGCAUCAGCAGACGACGGCACAUUACAAUCCCGGCUAGUGAUGCGGACCCAGGGGAGCCUUCGGCUGAUCCUCAACACCAAGCUGUGGGCACAGAUGCAGAUUGACAAGGCCAGUGAGAAGAGCGUGCGUGUCACGGCCACAGACACUGAGGACCAGGGCGUCAAGGUCUUCCUCAUCUCGGCCAGCUCCAAGGACACGGGCCAGCUGUACGCAGCCCUGCACCACCGCAUCCUGGCCCUACGCAGCCGGGUGGAGCAGGAGCAGGAGGCCAAGGCCCCCGUCCCUGAGCCAGGGGUGGCCCCCUCCAAUGAGGAGGACGACAGUGACGACGACGAUGUGCUGGCCCCAUCGGGGGCCGCAGGAGGCGGUGCUGGUGACGAAGGUGAUGGGCCCACGGCCGGGAGCACAUAG